CUGUAGCCAGUUACGCAUGAUGAUCACAUGUACAUGUUUUACUAUGGCAAGAGUCUGUCUGUUGACUUCCCCCAUGGCAGGGCGAAAAGUAGGGAAAAGUACUGAUGCCAAUAAUAAUGAUGAGUCGCUGGCGGACGAUGAUGUCUUUUUUCCCCUAGUCUUAGAGGAGCGUGCUGAUGGUGCUCCUAAGCAUGAGAAGAUCUUUAUGCAUAGGUGAGGAUAUACCCAAAAAGAAAGGAAGACCAUUCCCUUGAAGAAAGGAAGGAAUCGAGUUAUACUACUCCCAGCAUGGCAGGUGGUGAGCGGCUGGCUUUUAGGGGCACAGUUCCUACUCCGUAUUACUGUCUAAAGUCCCAAUGUAACACUGACGCGAUACAACCACAUAGAAGGCUGUUAUGUCGACAGAUAAUACAUAUCCUGCCUCUUCAAGUCCAGCCUCCGAUAUAUCAAGAGCUGGCAGCUAUGGUGACAGUAUCACUCCCGAGGCAUUGACGACAUAUAUUACUUCAGAGAUAUCGAGAGUUGUGAGAAGCGUCGAUUGGAGCAGUGAUCCAGAAAGUGGAGCAUCGGCUAUAAAGGGCUUGAUAGAAAUCGCUGGGCUUGUCAAAGCGCGACUCCAAACUGGAGACAGUAGUCCAAAUAGCAAAGGCAGUGGUGGCGGGGAGAGUGAAAACGCUACAGGCGAAGAAGCUACAGAGCUAAGCAGGUGCAAAGAGUCACCUACAUCAGAAACAUCUAUAGCCGCUUCAAGCUCUAGCAGCGCACAAGACAGGUCAAGACCCCCAUGGGAAAGCGCAACCACAGCUUCGACUACCGGAAAACUGCCACCAUCACCUGCGCCGCCUGAGUCUCUACUUCCAUCUCCUACAAGACUCCCUCUUGCUUCUCCAAAGCCAACCCCACCAUCAACCCAACCUUCUACGACUUCAGAAAAAUCGUCAUCUUCAAUCAUCCCCUCGUCGCUGAAGAUAGCACCAUCUUCGGAGUCAUUUAAUCUGUCACAGUCCGCACCUAACACGACACCGUCAGCAAAUGAAUGGGUAUUCAAGCCAUUGACAGAAAUGUCGACUACAAUAAUGGGAUUGAGAGGUGAUGGUGACAGAUCACAAUGGCCAAGGGGUAAGGGGAGGCGGUUCCCAACUCAGGGUAUAGCAUAAGUCGAAAAGAAUUUUGUUUCUGCGUGGUUGGCGUGCUGGACGUCAUGCAGGAGGGCGAUGCUUGCUGGCGUGGUUUAUUAUGUCUAUGUCCGUAGAGAGGAUGUAAAGCGUAUGAGAG